AUGUGUGAGUGUGACAGUGCUCUCACCCAUGGUCACUAUGCCCGAGGUGGUGUGCCACCCCGCUCACACGCCCCGGGCUGCCGUGCGCCGGUGCAAAUAGCCUACGACCAUGGGGCAUUUAUGGUAUUUGGCUACGUACUCUCUCUACACGGCACCUACAUCGCCCGCGUCCGCUCCAUAUACCACACGUACGGCACCAGCUGCGCAGCUGCUCGGUGUGCACUCGGUGUCGGUGCUCCGGGUCAAAGCGCUCCUCUGCGCACGUCGUCCAGGGGUACCGGUCUAACCAAGUACAUCGUUUCCUAA